GCCAUCGGAAAGCGACAUUGAGACGCUUAUUCCGUGAGACGCACUAAUGUAGCCGGGAACUUUCAUUACUGGUUUUACGUAGAACCUUGUUAUCCUACGGGAUUCUGGAACCAGCAGUAACCAGAGCAGUUUAGUAGCAAAUCCCCUACGCAAGGUUCUAGCAUAUUUUCGCUUUUUGACGCUUCUUGUCGUCCGCCUUCGUUUCUUAUAGCUGCAGUCAGUCAGUCCAUUCCCAAUGUAAGCCAUUGUGUUUCUGUUCCCCCGAUCUGUAGCCCUUCUCCCAUAGUUAGUAGGUGCGUGUUUGCUGUCAGCAUGGAUGUGGGGUACGUAUGUGAGUGGGACAAAAGACCACGGACCAGUCACUGCCCAUCAAUCCCACUAGUUUGCGCUUGGUCUUGCCGCAAUCUUAUUGCUUUCACUACAGAUCAGCGCAAUGAGGAGGAGAAAGAUAUCACUAAUUUGAUCCAUAUCCUCGACACAGAACAUCCGUGGGAUGUCUACUCUAUUAACUCUGGGCACCAGGAAGUUAUUACCAGCUUGGAGUGGGACCAAUCUGGUUCCCGCCUGCUCUCAGCUGAUGCAGAUGGUCGAAUCAAAUGCUGGGGAAUGACUGAUCACUUAGCAAACAGCUGGCAGAGUCUUGUAGGCAGCGAAGUGGAUGGAGAUCCCAUAGUAGCUCUGUCUUGGUUGCACAAUGGAGUCAAACUUGCUCUCCAUGUUGAGAAGUCUGGUGUUUCCAGUUUUGGAGAAAAGUUCUCACGCGUGAAGUUUUCCCCAUCUCUUACUUUGUUUGGUGGAAAGCCAAUGGAGGGUUGGAUUGCAGUCACAGUCAGUGGUUUAGUUACAGUGUCUCUGCUAAAGCCCAAUGGACAGGUGCUAACAGCUACAGAAAGCCUGUGCCGACUACGUUGUCGUGUGGCACUUGCAGACAUUGCAUUUACUGGUGGUGGAAACAUUGUUGUGGCCACAUGUGAUGGGAGCAGCACAUCCCCAGUACAGUUCUACAAAGUUUGUGUUUCUGUAGUAAGUGAAAAGUGCAAAAUCGACACAGAGAUACUUCCUUCUCUCUUUAUGCGCUGUACAACUGACCCUGCACGCAAGGACAAGUUCCCAGCUGUGACGCACCUUAAAUUCCUUGCGCGGGAUAUGUCUGAACAGGUUUUACUCUGUGCUUCCAAUCAGUGUUCCAGCAUAGCUGAGUGCUGGUCUCUUCGGAAAGAGGGUCUUCCACUUAAUAAUAUAUUCCAGCAGCUAUCCCCUGCAGUAAGUGACAAGCAGCCCAUGAUCCUGAAGUGGCGUAUCCUCUCAGCCACCAAUGAGUUAGAGCGUGUUUCUGCUGUGGCUCUGCCCAAGCUACCAAUUUCUCUCACAAAUACUGACAUCAAGGUUGCAAGUGAAACCAAGUUUUACCCUGGGCUUGGUCUAGCAUUGGCAUUCCAUGAUGGAAAUGUUCAGAUUGUUCAUAGACUUUCCCUGCAGCCAAUGGCAGUUUUGUAUGGAUCAUCUCUGCGGCCUUCUGAGGAACCCAGCUUAAAACGGCAGCGUUCGCCUACCCCUUGCAUUCAUUUUAAAGCUUUGCAGAUGUCGUGGACCUCGCUUGCUUUGGUUGGGCUAGAUACACAGGGCAAGCUAAGUAUGCUACGAGUCUCUCCUUCUAUGGGGCAUUCCUUGGAUAUGUCAACAUCCCUACGUCACCUGCUUUUCUUGUUGGAAUACUGCAUGGUGACUGGAUAUGACUGGUGGGAUAUACUGCUCCAUGUUCAGCCUGGCAUGGUACAUAAUUUAGUGGAAAAGUUAAACGAGGAAUACACUAGGCAGAAUGCGGCACUUCAACAGGUUCUUUCCACUCGGAUUCUGGCCAUGAAGGCGUCUCUAUGUAAGCUGUCUCAAACCACUGUAACUCGUGUCUGUGAUUAUCAUGCAAAGCUCUUCCUCAUCUCUAUCAGUUGUACCUUAAAAUCUCUACUUCGUCCUCAUGUUCUCAAUACUCCUGACAAGAGUCCUGGAGAUCGGCUUACUGAGAUCUGCAACAAGUUCACCGAUACUGAUAUAGACAAGGUUAUGAUUAACUUGAAGACAGAAGAGUUUGUGCUGGACAUGCCAACCCUUCAGUCACUUCAGCAGCUUAUACAGUGGCUUGGUGAUUUUGUACUUUAUCUGCUGGCCAGCCUACCAAAUCAGGGUUCAUCAGUCCGUCCUGGGCACAGUUUUUUGCGUGAUGGGGCGUCGCUUGGGACAUUACGUGAAAUGAUGGUGAUGAUCCGAAUUUGGGGUCUUCUAAAACCAAGUUGCCUGCCAGUAUAUACAGCAACUUCAGAUACACAAGACAGCAUGUCACUGCUGUUCCGCCUCCUGACCCGCCUUUGGUUGUGCUGCCGAGAUGAGUCUCAUCCAUGUGACCCAGAUGAAUCGUUAAUAGAUGAAUGCUGUCUACUCCCCAGCCAACUCCUUAUUCCCAACAUGGAUUGGCUUCCCCUUGGUAAUGGUAUUAUCAGCCGGCUUCAGAGCAAACUUCCCUUACGCUUGCAGUUUGGAAAACCCCCUGUAGCUCCAAGCUAUGCAUCAGUGCAGUAUGAGGCCUACACUCGGUCCCCCACACAACCAAAGAUUGAUCACCUGAGAAGACUCCACCUGGGUACAUUCCCUACAGAGCCCUGCAAGUCCUGUACUAGGUGUGGCUGUGUGACAAUGCUUAAGUCCCCAAAUAAAGCAACAGCGGUGAAGCAGUGGGAACAGAGAUGGAUUAAGACCUGUCUGUGUGGGGGUCUUUGGAGAAAAAUGCCCCACACUUACUCUUGACUCACUUCCAUGUCUGUUGACAAGCAGAUUGAAAAGAUUUUUCCACAAGACGGUGAUUUCUGGUUGCCUUGUUGAUAGACAAACAGUAAAGGUCAAACUAUUGUACAGUUUAUGGUGUGUAAAGGAAGGACUGAUGUAUAACUUUCAGUAACUUAACAACUGGUCAACUGGAUGUAUUCAAUGAACGGUUCAUCGUAUCAUGAAUGAUCUGUAAAAAAACAAGACAAACAGGUUACUGAAAGUACAAGGAGAGCAGAAGAACCUAAGGAAUUAAAGACGGCCACCAAGUAUCUUUGCCAUAUCCUUUUAGGGUAGUAGUUUGUAAAAGAUUCCUUUCUGUCCUCCACUGGGAUUUGCCAAGUGUUUGUGGAGAUCAAAUAUUAAACAGAAAAGAGAUUUUUUUUUCUGUUAGGGUUUGCUACUUGCUACUACUAUGUUCCUAACAACUCUUAUGUAUGUAUGUAUGUAUGUAUGUAUGUAUGUAUCUAUGGAGGAUUGACUGACAGCCAGAUUCAAGCAUAUGUGGGCCUCUUAUCGGCUCAUUUUUAUUAUAAAAAUAUAUACAUAUUUGUUUUCUGCUUUUAUCCACAUUUCUUGCUGAAAGGGGAUCUGUAUUCCAAACUUAAAUUGCAUUGCCUUUGUAUGAAAUAAGGGAAGUAUUUUCCAGGUUGGCAGUGGCCUGUGUUUUCUGUCUAAUUAUUUCUGGCCACUCUGGGUUAGAAAGUAGGCACAGUAAAGGUGAGGUGUGCCUAGAAGAUCAAUUGGGAAGGAAAAGGCUAUAAGGAUGCAUUUGAAGUCUUAUGCCUUGGAUGCCUUGACUAAACUCCUACUCCUGCUUAAUGUCACUGUGGUUUACAUGGGCAUGUACUCCGUUAUUUUGGAAGUAAAUAUUUUGGAGCCA